AUGAGUAACCGGAAUUUGGUGGAGAUUUGCCCUUUUCGCUCCCUCCUUGAGCCAGCGGAGCCGGAAGGCAAGUAUCAGUACUUCCCUCAGUCGGACUGGACUGAGGGUGUUUAUACCGAUUACCGGGCUUUCGAUAAGGAAGGAAUUGAGCCUCAGUAUGCAUUCGGAUACGGUCUUUCCUACACCAUGUUCGACUUCUCCAACUUGAAUGUCUCAAAGAAGUCCGCCUCGCCUUCUACCUACCCAGCCAAGGCAGCGAUUCUUCCAGGUGGUAACCCUCGUCUCUUCGAUGAGCUCGUUACGGUGACUGCUACCGUCAAGCACACUGGAAGCGUUGAGGGCAAGGAAGUGGCCCAACUUUAUGUUGGCAUUCCCAACGGUACCGGUUCGCCAGCUUCGUGGCUUUAA